UUGAUUUUCAGGUUCUGGUACGAGAACCCGGGUGUGUUUACAAGAGCUCAGCGGGCCGAAAUCGAAAAGGUAUCUUUGUCCAGGAUUUUGUGCGAUAAUCUUGCGGGACUGACGCGCGCACCACCCGAUGGCUUCGAUGUCAUGACGGACGCCAACAGUGUCCCCUGUUCCCAGAUCCCACAUGUGGACCUGAACGCAUGGCGCGAAUAGCA